AGAGUAUGACAAGAACUAUAACAACAAUAUACGACCAAUUAUCUCAAAGAGAUCCAUACCCACCUCUUAACUUGGAUCAAGAAGUUUAUUACCCACCUUUGACAGAUGAGAUUAAUAGGUUGGAUGCCAGCCAGCAUGUAAAAGCUGCUUUGCAUAUGCUCAAUGACGAUAUUCAGAGAGCACACUACUUCGCUGAAAUGAACCAAGGCGAUCCUCUGCUAGACUACUUACAUGCUUUGGUACACAGACGAGAAGGUGAUUUCUGGAAUUCUAAAUGGUGGUUUGCAAGAGUGCAACAUCCACUUAUCAAGAAGAUAUACACAGGUAAACUCUAUCCGGAGAAAGUGGUAGACAAAAUCGAAGAACUCGAAGUGACGAAUGAUCCAGAAGCAAGAAAAAUAUUGGAAAAUUUGCAAUAUAACGAACUAUGCUCAAUCGCGAUGACUGCAAUUGAGAAUAAACUUUAUGACUAAAUUAUGAUAAUUAUUAUAUUAUCCAUACUUAUGAUUAACGGACUUAGAUAUCUAAGUUAAAAUAUCCC